UAAAAUUAAGUACUGGUAUGUAAGCCAGUUACAGGCAUGUACAGCAAUCUCUUAUAACACACUAUGACAGCAAUUUUUGGGAUGAUGCACGCUACACAUUUAAAUAUAGUUUACUGUGGUUAUGUAUGUGAUUUAGUGAUUUCCUUGUCGAAUUCGUCGGUCGACAAGAGAACUAGUCCAUGACCCAUGACAGUUUCUUGUCGGAGCUUUUGAGUGCGAAUGACAAGAACGAAUUAGAUCAACUCAUUUCAAAAACUAAAAACACGACAGAAAUGCAACCUUAUUCCUUAAGAAUCAAGAACUUAAAUCAAAUUUAUUUAAUUUAACCUAAAUUACAAUUUUAACGUUGUAAAGAAUUUUACCCCAAACAAAAAAUCGUCCCAGAUUUCUAAUACAGAACUAACUAAUAACUAACUAAUAACAAUGAAAACAUGAAUAUCCGACCUUAUUGUUUUCGAAGACCGAGUUUUUAUUAUCAAAUCUUACAGACAUUAUCGUGUCACACGAAUUGUCAUCUAGAAGUGGCGAUACUAUCAAAAGCUUUUGUUACAAUUUUACUUAAAGUAUAUCAAACAAAAAGGUUACCCAUUCACGAACAAUGCCCAAAAGAACAAUAAUUCCACGUCGCGUGCCAUCCUUGAUUGUGCCGGCACGGAUACCUAACUUCCCUUCACCCGACAAAAGUACCUGCGCUGAAUGCUCUUGCUAUCCAAUUGAGGAGCCAUAUCAGAAGAACAAAAAGUUGAAGCCUUGCCAGAUAUCUCCGUUGACUCUGUACGAGCUGGCGGCUAAUGUUGUCGAUGCACUGAGUUUUCCGAUAGCUUUUAAAUGGACCGAAGAGGAAGUGGCUAGCUGGGCAGAAGACAUUGGCUUUCCUCAAUAUAAGGAAUGUUUCACUGAUAACAACAUUAACGGGCUGAGAUUAUUGAUGUUUGAGGACCCAUCGAAUUUACCUUGUAUCGGUAUACACGAUUUUAUCGAUAUUUUAAAAAUCACAUCGCAUAUAAGAGCUUUAUUCGGAACAGAAUUCAUUCGAUUUUCGAGGAGUAUAGGACUGCCGCCUAGGAAGCCACUCACUCACUGCACUUGGUUCAAAUCCCGGACUGGUCCUGACUGGGGUAUCCGAGAAAACUGGACUAGAUCCGACGUCCUCCGUUGGAUGAAGAUCCUGAUGCCUGAGCCAUUGAAGAUAGAUCAUUGGGAUUUGGUCUGGUAUCAAAAGCCGGAUUUUCCAAGAGUCGUUAUUGCGAGAACGAAAAAAAUACAAUCAGAUGUCAAAAUACCGCAUUACAAACCUUUUAAAGAUAUCUGCAAGGAAUAUACGAUUCCUCGUAAAUUUCGUUUUCAAACCGGCAUACGCGACGAAGACCAACUGAUUUGGAUGGAAGAAAGAACUCGCGAAACGAACAGGCAAGCUUUAUUGAGAACAGAAGAAGCCGACUCCGAUAGAAUGUCGAUGGAAAAGGACAUACAAAUUGAUAAAAGAGUUUUAAAAGGAAACAAAUUUAAGGAAAGCAGACUGGUACCCAAGUUCACGAAUCUGAAGGGCCUACGCGGCAAACAGUUGAUAUUGGCUCGAAGAAAAACACCCAGACCAAAAUUCUUUGCUACUUAAUGCAUUUAGCAAAUGUGUUUGUUGUUUAUUAUAUGAAUCCAAUUUUUAACGAA